AUGUCAGCAGGAGAACCGUCUCCUCAGCGGGAGCCUACGCCGACAUCUACGUCCACAAUCGCAGCGCCAGUCUCCUCAAUACCCCAGAAACGCGCUCUCGAAGAUGACCAUCAGCCCGCCAUCUCAUCUCCCCUAAAUCCCGAUUUCAAACCCGCAAAGCCUCAAGAAGAUGCACCUCUGGCACGCGAACGCGCAUCAAGAGCAAAAAAGGAAUCGCUCAAGAAGCGCGAAUCGAAGGGAGGGUCUAUGGCGGCAGAUAGCAGCGCGAGAGCAACACCAGACCCAAAAGCUCCUACACCCAAGCACAAACCCAAGAAGAAGGGGGAUGCACCUGCUCCGAUCCGAUAUAAACUUCCUCCGCCAAAGUUGACUGAUUUCGAAGCUCCUCGAGGUCCAAUCUUCCUACCCGCGCAUACAAAGACCGCUCCGGAUGGGACUGCUGUGCAGUUCAACGAGACAACUGACCAUGUCUAUAACAAGAAAAAUUUCCAUUACACUCACUGCAUAGCAGACCCCGCCUUCCCAUCAUCGCUCUACUACCGACAAACAGAGACCGAGCCCUUUGGGCCAAGAUUCAACUUCGAGGAUACCUCUACACAUAUGUUUCUCGAUGAGUCCGGCCACCACGUCACAACAGACAAAGGCUUUAGAAUGGCGAAGGCGAAUGUAGGCGUACGGCAAGGCCGAUGGUAUUGGGAAUGCAAGAUUAUAAGCGGGAUACCAAAGCGAAAACCAAGCGAGACAAACGUAACACAGGAGAGUGCGAACGGCCAUGUGCGGAUGGGCUGGGCGAGGAGAGAAGCUUCACUCGAUGCGCCUGUAGGGUUCGACACAUAUAGUUACGGUGUUCGCGACGCAAAGGGCCAGAAAGUUUUCAUGUCUAGGCCAAAGGAUUUCUUCCCCCCGGGACAAGAGGUCCAGGAAGGGGAUGUAAUUGGACUGGAAAUCAACCUACCAUCAGAGGCUUUGCAUCGAAAAGUCGUUGAAGGGCAUUACAAUCCAGCUGUCGAUUUGGCAGAUGACGAGCCAUGCGGAAUCGAGGCUGCAGAUAUCAUUCGAGAUAGGGUGCCUAUACGAUUUAAGGCACAUCUCUAUUUUGAGCAAAUCGAAUACCAUGCUGUAAAGGAGUUGGAAGAGCUCAUGAACCCAUCACCAAUCAUAUCCUCGACAGGUGGGAUUGGUGGCGUAGGACAAGAGCCAGGACCGACACACCAGCUACCAUCGCUACGGACACUACCACAUUCAAGUAUCAAGAUAUACAAGAAUGGCGAGCUUAUAGGCACGCCAUUCACUGACCUCCUCGCGUUCUUGCCUCCGGCGUCAAAGCCUCUUGCCCAGGUCGGCGCUCGAGAAGGCCUCGAUGAUGGCAUGUUGGGAUAUUAUCCCGCGGUUUCGGUUUUCCGUGGCGGUGCAGCGGAGGUCAAUUUUGGCCCUAAUUUCUGGUUCCCGCCACCGGGCCAUACCCAGCCAGAUGCUCAGGUUGAUGCGGAAAUGACCGGAAGCGAUCAGGCUGCCCCAUCCGCAUCGGCACCCCACCCGCUCCGCGCUGUGGGAGAGCGGUAUGAUGAGCAGAUUGUAGAAGAUAUUGUGUAUGAUAUUGUGGACGAGGUAGAUUUCUGGAUGCAAGAUGGCGGUGUUAGUGGGAAGGGGGUUGCUGAUGCUGCUUUGCGCGCUCCAGCUGGUGGGUCGGCACAGGAUGGAAUGCCUGGUGGUGGUGUCUUGGGAUCCGAGAUCAAGGAGCUAGUGCAGGACGAUGAAUGA